CGUUUUCAGUCUACGCUUCGACGUCGUAGAGUUACAAGCACCAAAAUGGCGUGCCUGAACAGAAUUUCUUCAACCCAUUGCUGCUGUGGUUUCUGAGCGGAGGCCGGUCCACAAGUUGGUCCGUCCAUAAUAACAGGCACGGGAUUAUAGUCAUCGCAUAACAACGACAGCUUGAUUAUUCCUUUUUUUCUAAAUACGAAUUAAUCAGAUUACCAAGGAAACGAUCGAUCGUGCGAGAGUAUAAAUAAGACAAAUAAACACACAAACGACACGACGAGGAAAUAAAGAAACUAAGGAAAAUCAAGAAUAAACAUCCAUCACCCGUGCGUCUUUGAUAACAAGUUCGACCGGUUUGUCCGGAGAUUUGUUACUUACUGUUUAAUUUAUUGUUGUGUGACGGUGAAAAACAUACCAAUUUCGGACGUGGUACCCCCGUUCAGGAACUAACGGCGAUUAUUACGAUAUAACGGUUAAAGAUAACAAAUUACAAGUUGAGAAUCGAAACCUCGAAGAGAUCACGCGAAACGAGAGUAUCUGCGAUCACCGACUGUGUUAAGGGGACACUCGCAGCCGAUCUCUCUCUGUGACCAAGGACUAAUAUGAUGCAAAUGUGAUUAGGAAGAACAAGUGGAUAUAAAAGAAUGAUAUAAACCUAUUAGCAAGUUGCGGAUCAACUAUGCAAAUAGAAUAAAACGUGAUAUUAUUGUCGAUACAUACGUGUAGUUGUAUAUUAGUAUUGUAAUUUGAAAAUAGUUAACAGGAAAGAAAACUAAUCAUACGCAUUGGUGUAUAUAUGCAGUUCGACGAAGAUUAAACACGAUUUUGAGUGGGGCAGAAAACGGAAGAUAAUAUUAGUGAAGCGAAAAGAAAAAAAAACUUUUUCUUACUACGUAAAAAACGUUGAUGAAGUGACCACAUGAAGUUUUUUUUACAAUAUAAAAUUGUGCCGGGUGAAGAUAAAGCGUGACAACAAUCAAUCGGUAUAAAACGAAAACUUUAAUGGAAAUAUUCGACAAUAUUUGAUAAAAAUAACUUGAAACGUGAAAUAUAAUAGUCAGGUAGUGUUUUGUAAUAACAAUAAGUAUAAUAAUAACAAUCAGAAUCAUUGGAAAAACAAUAUAAAUAGUCAAAGGAUCGGUGGGAAAUAGUGGUGCGUGCGGUAUCGUAGUACGAAUAUGAGAGUUGCUAGGCAGCAUCCGUUGCAUUUACAAGUGACGCGAACGAAUAAUGGAAAAUUUCUCGUCAAUUCGAACGGUAGUCAACACGAUGUUGGCGUUCAGCAGCAACGGCAACACCAGUAUCUGCAGCAACAGCAACUGCUGCUACAGCAGCAGCAGCAGCAACAGCAACGACAGCAACAACAACAGCAGCAACAACAGCAGCAACAGCAGCAGCAGCAACAGCAGCAAGAGGAACAACAGCAACAGCAACAGCAAAAAACGACGAACGAAGAGACGACGAACAGUAAUGUUUCGACGGCGAUAUUUCCGAGCUGCGAAUCCGUCCCGACGCCGAAUCAUGGACCAACUCUGUUGGGGGAAAGGUUCUUGCUCGUCGGACCCGCCGAGGGCAGCGCGCUGUAUCGAUGCAUCGACGUGAAAACUGGUCAGCAACUCGUUGCCAAGGCAUUGACUGUCGGCGACAAGGGAGGUCAGGCCCUUCUCGAGGCGCAUCUUCGUCUCGACGGAACCGGGGCGGCGAGUGGAAUUGCUGGAGUCGUCGACGCGCCUGGUGGACGACGGUAUCUUCUCCUCGAGGGACACCACGGCGAUCUUCACGCCUACGUAAGAGCCCGUAGACGACUGCGGGAGCCCGAGGCUCGUCGUCUCUUCAGACAGGCUGCCAAGGCCGUUUCAACCUGUCACGAGAACGGCGUCGUUUUACGGGACCUGAAAUUACGGAAAUUCGUAUUCGCCGACGAAGCAAGGACGAAAUUACGUUUGGAAAGUUUGGAGGAUGCUGUGAUCGUCGAAGACGACAAUGAUAAGCUUGCUGACCGGAGAGGAUGUCCGGCGUACGUUGCACCGGAAGUUUUACGCUCCGGACGUGCGUACUCCGGAAAAGCAGCUGACAUUUGGUCGCUUGGGGUUCUUCUCUACACAAUGCUCGUCGGUCGGUAUCCCUUUAACGACGCCGAGCACGCUUCUUUAUUCGCUAAAAUAUCACGUGGACAAUUCAUCGUUCCUGAAGGACUCAGUCCGAGGGCUCGGUGCCUGGUCAAGGCUCUGCUGAGGAAGGAACCUGCAGAACGUCCGCACGGAGAAGAUGUUGUCCGACAUCCAUGGCUAUCAAGACCUCUGAAUUAUCCUCAACCGGCAGCACGAUCACCCUACGAUCAGCUCGUACCGCAAGCGGCAACGAAUUACUCUCAAGACUGAUUAUACUGCAAGAAUAUUCCACUGUGCGAUCUUUCGGACAAAUGUAUUUUUCUUUAGAUUUGUGGGUAAAUUUGAAACAAAACAAAUACACGUGUGUAUAUAUAUAUUUACUCCUACGCGCGCGCGUAUGUUGUGUGUGUAUAUAUAUCUAGUUUUCGAUUUAGGUUUGUUUGUUUCGUUUCAAUUUGAUUUGUUUAAUAUGAUCUGGUUUUUUUUUCGAGAAAUUGUGAUCUUCGGAAAAAGCAGGCCUUCCAUUGAACUUAAUGAAAUGAUUUCGAUUACAAGUUGAAAAAUUCUUGCUGUUUGGCCCAUUUUUGGAAAAAUAUUCAUUAUUGAAAACCAUUCCGCUAACGUUCUCUCACUGACAACCUUUCAAAGCUAACCACAUUUUUUGAGAUCUCCUAGGACUUAUUAGGGCUGAAUUCUCUACUAAUCGUCAGAUUUAGAUAAACAAAAAAUGACCUGAUAGUCGAGAAAGCGAACAGAUUUGAACUCUCAUUUAUGUAGCAACCCUGACAACGUUCCUAUAUAAAUUUUUAUGUUUAAUAAUGCUCCUUUGUCUGCAAUUAGUAUUAGUUAGUUCGGCCAUUGGGUAGUAAUUUUUUCCAUUUGUGAUUGGGUCAUGUGAGCACUGUUCUUAUUUUGAAAGUACGUGGGAGGUUUUAAGAACGUUGUUAGACUGUAUGAAAAUAAUGGAGAGAAUGAUUAUUAUGGUUGCAUUCAUUGUGUGCGUAUUUCAUAAAGUGCGCUGGAAAUAUUGAAUUCUUAUUUAUUUUAUUAGUUUGUAUAGUCUGUAUUCAAGUAUGAUACGUUGCGUUUACGAAUGUAAAAAUUUGCUAGGGAAUUCAUUCGCCGUCAUAAAUGAUACUUGUUUUCUAUACGAGUAAUUUUGGACAAUUUUCAGCGCUGUUCAACUCGUCAACGUUGAGUCGUUUACAGACGUUUAUUAAAGAACAUAGAACAUGUGUUAAAUCUGAUAGUUUUCGAUUUCUUUUGGUCAAUAAUAUUUAUAACUGAACAUCAUGAGUAUUGUUUUGAUACACUUAUAGCACUUCGUGCUAGUUUCCUUGGAAUAUUGCAUUUUUUGUUCAUCAUCUCAUAUGCGCAGAAAUUCGUUGCACGUGAAAAAUGAAACACUGGAAUUAUUUUUGGUAAAUUCCAGGCUCAUAGCUCGUUGAUAUUACUGCGGAUUUUAUACAUGCUGUCCAAAAGAUAACAGAGUUAAGAAAUUUAUAUUAUAAGAGAUCGCACACAUAUACAGGGUGUCGCAAUGUCUAUUAUCUACAGAAUUUAAAUACUGUUUUUCUUAACUGAAAUAUUCGAAAACCAAAUUGGUAGGUUACAGAAAUUAAAGAAACUGCCGACAGCCUAUAGUAUAUGUAUACCACAUACUAAUAAAUAUAUCACUGAUUAUAAAGGCAUAGGUGGGAAAUUGUAAUUGUGAUUGUUAAUUUUAAUAUUAUUUUGUGAGUAAAUGCAGUUAAAUAAUUCUGUAGUAGGGUGAAUUGUACGAAGCUAAAAUCGCUGUCUUUCUUCCACUUAUGAGAGAUGUUUCUGAAAAUUGAUGUCGAGCUAUUCAAAAGUCGCAAUUUGGCUGGUUGUAUAGGCCGUUUUUGUACCUGCGACAUUUUGUUGAUAUCAUUUAGUCUCCGACGUAAAUUUUAAUGACGCGAUAAAUACGAACUUGCAUAUGCACCUAUGCGUUUAUAAUUUGGUAUUGAAGUUCCGAAUAUUACACGUUGUUUUCCCCCUAUUUCUUAAGUAACUGCUUUUUUCGCCGGGUAGUUGCACCAAGCGUGUUCCUAUACAUAUGAAUAUAGAUUAUAAUUAUAUACGACGAAUAUACUAACGCGAUCAUGUAAAUAAUACGUCAAUCGAAUAAGUCCUACGUAUAAUUAGGUAGGCUAAUUAUCAAAUCCUGUACAUACAAGCAAACACAAAGUCUUUUGAAUGUAAA